AUGAAACGCAAAACGCUAAACACUCACAAUUCACCAGGAGGACCCCCUCCACCAACUAGUCUUGAACCAAAGACGAAAAAGAAAAAACCAGAAAGUAUAUUUCUUGGAGAAGAAGUGACCAAAGACCACACAAGAACGGAUAUGAAGAGAAAAUAUAAACCAUCAACAAGUCCAGCUCAGAAUCAAGAAGGAUUUUCAGAAGAAAAGAAAAGACAGUCUAAGCCAGCCAGAAUAGUUUCGACACAAAGACAUGGCAGAGGACCGCAGCGAAAAAUGCAAUUACGAGACUUUGAAAGAAGCGAGACCUUUCCAACACCUGAGGAAGAAGAGUUUUUCACAGAAAAUGUUAUAACUUCUAAUGAACCACAUUUUCGAAGACACAACAGCCAGUUUCUGAUUGCGGACACUGUCAGAAUGAAAUUCGUUAAUCUUGAUAAAGUAAAAGACAACAAAAUACUCCAUCAGCAUGUGGCCAAGCUCUUGGACAUUUUUAUUCGUAGAAUGCUCAAAAAAGCAGGAGGAAAUCUGAAAACAACCAAAUACUGGCUUCAACUGAACCAUGAUGGGUAUACCGAUAGAGACGGUUUCUUUGUAACCCACAAAACGUAUGCAGUGGCUGAUGGAGGAGUGAUAAUGAAUGAAAUUGCUAAGCAGAUGCAAUCUAAUAAAGAGCUACGCUUAGAUGAAAGUUUUACUGUUGCUAUGAACGUUUUCAAGGAUAAACAAUCACAACUACGAGGCAGGGGAACACAGACUACUCGGAAAACUGAUAAAAUUGAAAAAAUAAGAAAAGCACUAUUGAAACAACAUUUCGGUGUUAGCCUCAGCAGGGUCACAGGGAUGAGCCACUGUCUACCAAAAGCACUUGCACUAGGAAAACUGGAAAGUGAUAUAGAAACUACGACCAACGGAGACGAAAGGCAGAAAAUGGAAAAAUUUUAUCGAAGCCUCGUAAGACCAGAGAUAACCCCAAAAUUCAAAAGUGAAUCACAAGGAAAGCUUGCCAAGCAGCUUUUGGCCGAUGCAGGGAUGGAUGUGAACAAAGAGGAGCACGGCCGAAAAGAUCUUAUAGAGCUUGCAAAUUAUCUUUCAAACUAUCAAAUAAUAUUGUGGACUGCAAACAAAAAAUCAAGCCGUCCCAACUGA